CCCAUUUUGACUGCCAGGGUCGGCCAAGCUCCAGUUGAUCUGGAGCCCAGAAGCACUCGUCAGUGGCCUGUCCGUCGUCAAGCUGCAACCUCAUGCUGAACAUUCACCGCCUCCAUGCUCGCAACCCAAUCGUGGUCCAGAACGUCGCAAGAAGCUCCUUCAGCUCUCAUGUCUUGCGGAAUCAAGUCAUCGUAGUGCGAAUUGGCUUUCCGACGAGGCAACAUGCCUGACGCGGUCAAGGCCGCGCAUUACAUUCAACAACUCGACGACGCCCGCUGUGACGAGAAUUGGGAUGCCGUGCCCGAGCUGAUCCGCAAGGUGCGAAAGCACGCCCCUGACCGGGCCUGCCUCGCCCUCACCGCCGAAAUCGAACACGCCAUCGCCAAAGCCAACCUUCAGCCCACCCCGUCCACCAACAGCACCACCCGCCCCUCGACCUCCGCGGGCGUCUCCGGCGUCGACGCACACCUCCCGGCCCUGCUCUCCGCAAUCGAGACGGAAACAACCCACCCCACCGACCGCUUUCAAGCCCGCGUGUGUGCAGGUUGGCUGCUAUGGGUCCUGCGCGACUACCCUUCUGCCCUCGCCCACCUGCCGCCCAGCAGCACCCUCGACAACAGCGAACACGACCCCCUCGACACCAACAACGACGGCGUACCCGCCGAGGCAGCGGCCGCGCCCUCGGAAUGGACCAAAGUCUGCGCCCUCAAAGCCGCCUACCUGCGCGCAAAUUGCCUCGUCCGCGACGGACAGCGCGAGGGCGCGCUGGCCGCCUUUGACGCCGCGCUGCCUGCGUUGGGGCCCGUGUGGGCUGCCGGCCCGGCCGGGACCAGGCAGCAGACGCGAUACUGGGCCGAGCUGUUCCUGACCGAGUACUGCAUGCUGGCUGCGCAGGCGCUUAGGGACGGGGUCCGUUCGCUGCGCGAGGCGGAUUGUCUGGCGUGUUUCCGGACAUGGCUUCGGUACUGGGUUGCUGCUGGAGCAAAGGGCGGGGGCGCAACGCUGCCGGGGGGGUAUGGGUUUCGGGGCAGUGUGCCGCGGCGGCAGGUGUGGGCCGAAUAUUAUUUUGCGUUGUCGGAAAUUCUGCAGGGGGGUCUGCCCGUGCCGACGGGGUAUUCGACCGUCGUCAACGGGGAGACUUCGGCGAGGGGCCAGCUGAGGUCCGAGUUGAAGAGGGUCGAGGCCAUUUACCAGGGGCUGUUGUAUAAUGAGACCAAGUUUCCCCGGGCGGACGAGGAGCGGGCCGAGGUGGAGGAAUUUGUGAGGCGGAUGAUGCAGAACUGGGAGAUCCUGAACGGCCGCGGGUGGAAGGAGCAGGAUCUGGGCGCUGGAGGGAGGGACUCGCUGUGCCAUGGGACGCUGGACAGCCUGUAUGGCGCCGCGGCCAAGACGUACCAUUCGACAGCGAUCCUGAGGCACAUGUUUACGGUCCACCUAGCCGUGGCCGAGUUUGACUUGGCCUUUAUGGCGUUUGACUCGUGGUUCGAGCUGGUCAAGAAGGGCAAGGCGAGAGUGCAAAAGACGGGCCACCGCGAGCCGGCGAUGGAUAACGACGCGACCAUGCUUGAGACCAUCUCGGCCUGCAUCGCGGCCCUCUGUCGAUUUGGGAACAGGGAGGCGGCUGAGAGAGCACACAAGCUUGUUGGGGAACUCGAGGAUAUGGUUGAGAAGGCGGAGGGCCGCGAUGCGAACAGCACUGAUCACUGGGAUGAGGUACCGCCAAGUACAUUGGCGGUGGCAUGGCAAUCGAUCGGGCUGGCUCACGCUCAGUGGGCGCGUAUGACCUACGAGUCCGAGUCUCGCUCCAUGAUCCAGGAGAAGGCGAUUAAAUGUCUCCAGAAGUCACUGUCGCCUGCAUUCGGUCGUGCAUUCGACGCCAGGGGCGUGUUUGCUUUGGGAUUGCUGUACGCAGAGCAGCGUCAGUUGCCGGCGGCGAUAGAGCUAGUCAAGACGGCCCUCCUUGCCGACACACCUGCUAUGCCCAACCAGGAGCUGCGCCUGGGGCCGUAUUGGCGCGAGCGGUCUCUCAUACCGCUCUGGCAUUUGCUGGCGCUGAUGCUUAGUGCACGGCAAGAGUAUGUCAUGGCCGCUCGGGCUUGUGAGGGCGCUAUCGAGCAGUUCAAAGACCCAUUCGUGCUGUUUGGGAGUAGGCACUUGAAUGCGGGUUACCGGAGCGAGCAUCUCAACGAGGCGGCAGCGAAAGACGAGAAGGCUGGCGACGGCCUUGUGGACGAGAUGGACGACUACGAAAAGGAGAGCAUCUUGCAAAUCAAGAUGACGCAACUUGCCAUUCUUGAGCUCAUGGAGGGCCCGGCUGUUGCCGUCAAUGCCAGCACAGAGCUGCUUACCCUGUUCCCUCGGCUGUUUGGUGACCUGGAAGAGAGGUUUGAGCUCAUCAAGGCGGAGCCGCCCAAGACAGGUGCCACGUCCCGGAGCUUCAGGGGCAGCGUGUUUGGUAGCAGGUCGGAUAAGGCGGCCCGCGCCCGCCAGAGUGUCGUGGGCGACAGCAACAACAACGAGAAGCUGACAACGAUACCCUCGCGACCGCAGACCACACACACAAUCCAGAGCAUCGCAACCGCGGCACUGUCGCCCCAAUCCUCCAAUGAGGCGGCGGCUGAUCCGUACUCGAGUCGAAGAUCGACCAAGUCAGACGACACCAAGCGGCGGGGCCGCAACAGCCUGCGCAAACGAAACAGGAGCGGCAGCAGGCAGCGGGCGCUCAGCACCGGAAGCCCGCCGGUUCCGCCUCUCGAGAAGUUUGCCGGAUUUGACCAGCGUAACCUCUCACCCUAUUCCGCGGCCAGACAGACGGUUGAGCCGUCGAGUGAAGACCCUCGGAGGCCGUCGUCGCGCGCGAGGGAUGGGACGAACCAUUCUGAGGUUACAAGCCCGCAGUUGGCCGGGCCAUUCACCCCGCUGCUGCCGUACGUGCAGUUCUCGCCGGAUCAUAACCGGAGGCGCAGGAAGGCGAUCCUGGUUAAGGUGUGGCUGGGUAUCGCGGCCUUCUACCGCCGGGCUGGGCUGCUGGAGGAUUCCAACGGGGCGAUUGCCGAGGCGCAGAAGGCGGCGCAUAGCCUGGAAACGGACGCAGUGAGUGAGGCGCCGGGAGCGCCGUCGGUGCGGGAGGUUGGCUGGGGGAUGGAGAAGAGCGUGGAGGAGGUUAUUGCCGAUGUUUGGACUGAGAAAGGACACCUUUCUGUCGCCCGCGGGCGGCCGUACGAAGGACGCAGCGACUUUGAAAUAGCACUGACGCACUUCCCAGACCACCCCGGCGCCAUUGUCGGGCUGUCGAACAUGCUCUUGGAUAUUUACACGGAGAAGCUGCUCCCGCCGCCGGCCGUGCCAGGGCUGGACCUCGGCGGGCUUUCCCUGAUCGACGACGGCAUCUUCGCCUCCGCCACCGACGGGACCACCGUCAUCUCCUCUACCGCUGCGCAAACAAACAAGCAAGCCAAAUUCCCCCUCUUACCGUCAGCACCGCUCGGCCUGGGGCCAACGAAACCAAGAUCAGAACCGGUAACACCCGCCGAGCCGAACGGUUAUCCUCCUCUUGCUCCUGCGCCACCACCGCUGCAACCAUCGUCGUCGUCGUUCCUCGGACCACCGUUGCCUCCGCCGCACAAGGCCACGUCGCUGCCGCUGAACGACCGGCUGGCGGCGCGCGAUCGCGCGUACGCGCUGCUGUCGGGGCUGACCAAGCUCGGCAGUGGGUGGAACUAUGCCGAGGCGUGGUUUGCGCUGGCGCGCGCGUACGAGGAGAGCGGGCAGGUGGACAAGGCGAGGAGUGCGCUGUGGUGGUGUGUUGAGCUCGAGGAUGGGCGGGGGGUCAGGGGGUGGGAGGUUGUUGGCGUGGGUGGGGGGUAUGUGCUGUAGUUUGAAAGUACAGUAGUGAUGAUGAGAGUGAGCGGAAAGAGGGGUUGUUGUUGUAUAGAGUGUUGGCCAUCAUU